AAGGCUUCAAGUCCCAAACAAAUUACGGCUGAGGCAGGGAUAUAUCCUGACUGAAGAAGAAGAAUUUGAUGCUCCUUGUGCGCAAUGUUCGGUUGUGCAGCCACUCGGGUAUGAUGGACCGGUUCUUCGUGGUUCAUUUGUGGUGGAAUUCUGAGCUUGGUCUAGCUCCAUCUGUUCUCCGGCCUUAGAAUAUCCAAGAAGGAAAGUGCAGCAUUGAUAUUCUCUUCGAAUGGCAUUAGCAGGGGUGGGUGGGUCUCACUAGUAACGGAGCUUGGCAAUUGGUGGCUUUGAAUACCUGCUCGUGAUUUUUCCCACUUCAUGGGAGAGAAUUCAAGCAUAGGGAAGGGUUGGGGAUCGGGUUUCCGGCUGGGUGGGACUUAUCGGGUUCGGGUUCUUCUGUGUAGGACUCGGCUCAUGUCCCAAAAAAAAGCGUGAAUCUCUCUAUUCGAGGCUUGUUUUUGACUGCCCUUGAAAUACUCCUUAUAACACACCAAUGCUGACCCGAAUCAGUUCACCCAAUCCCCAAAUUGACAACCUGAUCCGUUGCCACAAGAAUACUACCUGGAAAGUGGACAUUUUUUUCAUUCCUGCGGUGAGCAAACCCUUUUUUAGAGUAACUGAGUUCAGACCAAAGCUUCUUCCCUUCUCUUGAUGACAUGGGAGCUAGAGGAGUUGUCGGGGACAAGUGGUCCAUGAGAAUUCUUUGGGCUUGUGCUCUUGGAAGUGCUGCUGGCCUAUAUAUGGUUGCUGUAGAGAGACAGAAGAAGAAUAGGGAGAAGAUCCUAGCCGAAGCUCUGAACAUGGAAUUAGGGGAAAGCAAUGGCAAAGAUGUCUGAACUACAACAUGAUUUUGCCCCCCAAAAAAAUAGAAAAAAAGAAAAUAAAUAAAAAAAGAAAAAGAAGAACUGUGUUAUCAUGCAGCCGAACAGAUGCAGAAUUGCCUGUCUUUUUCUAAAAGUACCUUUUGAUGUAUAAGGUUUCUGCAUUCGUCGUUUGUCCUUUCGUUGGCAAGAUAACCAAAUAGUUUAUUAAAUUUUAGCUAUGCCAUAUAUAUGUGUUGCUGUUUAGUGUUUGUUGCAAUUUCAUCAAGAAACAAAUGACGGUAUUUUCAUUGAGCU